AUCAAUAAACAAACAAAAAUGGAGAGCCCAGCGAACGAGCCCGGGAGAGAAGAAGGUCGAAGAAGAACAAGAAGAGUAAGAAAGAGAGAGAAACAGCGCAGCAGUCCGUCGCUGCAAUGCCCUAAUCAAAGAUUAUUCGCCUCCUCUCUCGCCUUUUCUUGUAUAGAUUCAUACACAUAUCUAUAUAUAUACACACACAAAUGUAUUUCAAAGACCUUACCUCCACUGAAUCUCCCAAUUUAUUCUUCUAUAUAUAGAUAUAGUUAUAUGUAACAAAGAUGGGUUAUCUUUAACUCUCCGAUUGACCCACUACGAACGGCAAUUUCACUCAGAUCUGAUCCACCGUUAUUAUAAUUUGAAUACAAGAAAAUAAAGAAGGCAUCAAUGGAUGACUUUGGAACGUUAGCCAGAGACUACGGGUUCAGUCCCCAAGGCAAAUCGGCCCCUAUGGCUUCCACCAAAGCUAACACGGCCGUCGGAUCGGACGGUGGAGAUCGCCGAGCUCGGGUAUCGUCGUCGUUCAGCAUCAACGAUCACAAUCGAGACGGUUUGUUAUUCACUGAUGUCUUCGGUGGCCCUCCCAAAUACACCACCACUACUACUAAUACUACCAGAACUAAAUCGUCAUCAGCAUCGUCGGAUUUUGAUUACGAUUCAAUCUUCAAGAGCUCAUCGUCAGCGAAUGAGUCGAAGAACAAGUCGGCUUCUUCAGGGCCGGUUUAUGACAAGCCUGUUUACGACGAGGACGUUGACAUUUUUGCUGGUUUGCCCGGGUUAAAGAGUAAAUCGGCGUCUUCUUCUACUAGGUAUGAGGACGACGUGUUCUCGAACAUUUCUUCGACUCCGAAUCAAAGGGAUCACUUUGACGAUCUUCUUGGGAAUUUGGGCCGGACCGAGAAGGCAGAAUCGAAGGGUAAUAUGAGUUCAAGAGGUUUGAAUGAUUUGAUACCUGGUUUUGGUGGUAGCAGUCCCACUGCUAGUAACAGGCCAAUUUCAGAGUCGAGUGAAGCCCAAAAACCUACUGUGAGUUCAAACCAAACAGCUUCUACUGUGAUAGAAGACCCCUUUGUAGUUUUGGAAUCAACUUCAACCCCCGUGGUUUCAUCACCUGGGUUGUUUACUGAUCCAUUGGAAGAGAUUAGUAAGCUUAGUAACUCUGGGAACACAAAAGUGAAUAAAUCUUCUGUUAGUGGAGAAGUAUUUGAUGAUAUAAAUCCCUUAAAUAGUUUUGGCAAAUCAGUGCCUUCAUUUUCAUCCGAGAUGAACAACAGGAAGAAGGAUGGAAGUCCUUCAAGAACAGGAUUGGGCAUGAGAGGAACACAAAUUUAUGAUGAGGAAACAAUUGGAAAAUCUUCUUUUAGAAAUUCUGAGAACCACUCACAGAAGAAGAUACCUGUUCACAGUUUUCAAGAAUCUCAUCAUACCCUGUUUGACAUUCCAACUGCCUCACCAGAUUCUCGGGAACCUGUUGGUCAAACUGCAUCUUCUCCUUCAUCUGGAAAAUUUGGUUCUAAUGUGACUAGUUUCCAGGCAGAUAUGUCUCCUAAAUCACAAGAACAUGCGGAAGCAUCUGAUGAUAUAUGGCUCACUGUAUUAGAGAUUUCUCUGAUUACGCAACCCACAAGUGCUCCACCACCUUCAAGACCCCCUCCUCCGAGACCACCCCGGACUUCAAAGUCAGAAACAGGUUCCUUUACAACAAAGAAGGGCAAUGAGUUCUCUUAUUCCCCGAUUUUUACUCAGUACUCCCAGAGUCCUAAACCUGUCUGUCCAACGGCAAAGAGUCCAGUGGUGUCUCAAAUAGAUGAACUUGAGGAUUUUGCCAUGGGUAGGAAACAAAAUGUUGAUGAACCUGCUGAAGUUUAUUCUAGUGAUGAAGUGAAUGUGAACUCUGCUGCUGCUGCAUCUGCUGCUGCUAUGAAGGAGGCUAUGGAUAGAGCUGAGACUAAAUUCAGGCAUGCUAAGGAAGCAAGGGAAAGGGAGUAUGCAAAGGCUGCUAGAAGCAAAGAAGCUGUGCAGCUGGAAAAAGAGGAACAAGAUAUGCAAGAUGCUCAGGAUAGAGAAUUUAGAGAAAACCAGGAGAGAUUAGAUUCUGAGCGGCAACAGAGAGAAAGUGAGGAGGAAGAGAGAGAACAGAGGAGACUUGAUAGGGAGAGGGAGAGAGAGAAGGCCAGACAAGCUGUUGAAAGGGCAACUAGGGAAGCACGUGAAAGAGCAGCUGCUGAAGCUCGCCUAAAAGUUGAAAGGGCUGCUGUUGAGAAGGCAAAUGCUCAGGCUAGAGAACGUGCCGAAAGGGCUGCAGUUCAGAGAGCACAGGCUGAAGCCCGUGAGAGGGCAGCAACAGAGGCAAGAGAAAGAGCAGAAAAGGCUGCUGCAGAAGCUAGGGAAAGGGCAAAUGCUGAAGCAAGGGAAAAAGAAGUGCAGGAGAAAGCUGCUGUUGCAAGGGCUGAAGCCGAAGCAAGACGAAGAGCAGAACGAGCUGCUGUGGAAAGGGCGGCUGCUGAGGCUCGACAAAGAGCCGCUGCAGAGGCUAGAGAAAAAGCUUCACGGGUGAAUCAAAAGAAAAAUGAUAAUGAUCUUGAAUCUUUCUUUAGCACGGGUUCUCGACCAAGUAGUGCACCAAGGCCAAGGGCAAAUUCUUCUGACCCUGUGUUGAGUCCCCAAAUGCAAAGCAGGGGAGGGCCUGAAGGGGCAAGGAGAACGCCAUCUGGUGGAGUCUCGUCCAACAUGAGGAAAGCAUCUUCUGCUACUAAUAUUGUUGAUGAUCUUACUUCAAUUUUUGGAGCUGCUCCAUCAUCUGGCGAAUUCCCGGACGUUGAAGGGGAAAGUGAAGAAAGAAGAAGAGCUAGACUGGAACGCCACCAGAGGACCCAGGAACGUGCAGCUAAAGCACUUGCAGAAAAGAAUCAACGUGACCUUCAAACCCAGAGGGACCAAGAAGAAAGACAUAGGAUUGCUGAAACGUUAGAUGUUGAGAUCAAGCGUUGGGCUGCAGGGAAAGAGGGAAAUUUGCGUGCAUUGCUAUCGACAUUGCAAUAUGUGCUUUGGCCUGAAUGUGGUUGGCAGCCUGUUUCUUUGACUGAUUUGAUUACUGGUGCCUCGGUUAAGAAAGUUUAUAGAAAGGCAACUUUGUGCAUCCAUCCUGAUAAGGUGCAACAAAAAGGUGCCAAUCUUCAACAGAGAUAUGUUGCUGAGAAGGUGUUUGAUCUACUUAAGGAGGCUUGGAACAAAUUCAACUCAGAGGAGCUUUUUUGAAUACUGUGGGUGAUUCUUUUACUCCGAGCUGUACGUCAUUUGCAAAGUGCACCAUUUGUUCAGAAAGGAUGCAUGACCAUACCAGCAGAUAUAUUUUACUCUGUUGUUAUCAUGCAUAUGUAAUUGUUGUUGCAUUGUAUGGACUGUCUUCUGUUAAAGGACACUUUCUGCAGCUGCUGAGAUGCCUUAAUGGCAAAGGUCUCUCUCGUUGCUGUAAAUUGAUGUUCAUGGUGGAGAUGUAUGGGGUAUGUGGAAAUUGGAAUGACUGGUUGGUGUAGAGUGGUGUUGGCUAUCCUAUGCUUCUACGUCAAUUGAAUGAGGUGAUCAUUGUCUUAUGUUGAUUCUUUUUUCCCACUCUUCUCCCUUUCUAUAGCAGUUCUUUGGUUUUGGUAGAGCUUGAUAUGUUGAGUGAAAGCGAAUGCGUUUAUUGAUACUGAAAUAUACAGUUCUUUGGUUUUGGUAGAGCUUGAUAUGUUGAGUGAAAGCGAAUGCGUUUAUUGAUACUGAAAUAUACAGUUCUUUGGUUUUGGUAGAGCUUGAUAUGUUGAGUGAAAGCGAAUGCGUUUAUUGAUACUGAAAUAUAGAAAUGAGCCAGUGUAUUAUUGUUGAGCUGAGAA